CUUGACAAACAAUAAACUGUACUAUUAUUCGGACAUACAGGGUUCUUCCCGUUCGUCUCGUCCCACCCCUAGUGGAUAAUGAACCCAUAAAGAGCCCAACUCUGUACACUGAGGGUGUCUCCCGAAGGUGUCUCCCAUCCUCGAAUACAGUCUGAAUUCAGACCCGUCCUCUCUCCAGUGAUCAUGUGUUCAGCCCUGCACGCCCUGGCCCUCGCCCUGGCCCUGUCCCUGGCUCUGCUGCAGAGCUCGGUGGCCUUUGUCCCCAUCGGAGGGGGGGAAGCCACCCAUGUCAGCAUUACAAGGACGGCUCUUUUGCAAAAACUGAAAGAGACUUGUCAGGCUGUGGCCGAUUCUUCCGGGUAUGAGUUUAAUCCCACGGGUCCCUCUGCGGAGGAGCUGGUCCAGGCCUGUCUGGGUCCCACGGCGACCGGGGAGGUGUCGGCCGGCAAGUUCCGCGCGGCUCUCCAGGAGGUCUACGUCCAGAACGCGCUGGUGGACCUGAACUUUGUUGCCAGCGCUCCUCACCACUUCAACUCUGAGGCCUUCUUGGAAGGGCGUGCCCUAAUCACAGAGGGUGUGGUCAGCAUCAAGGCCAACAUACAAAACCACCAGGCUUCCAGGGAAAUGCUGGGCAGAGUUCUCCACACACUACAGGACUUUUACAGCCACAGUAACUGGGUUGAGUUGGACAAUACAGAGCCAUUUGCCAACCUCAUCCAACCAGAUCUCCCCAUAGAAAACAUAGCAGCUAAGGACACCGCCACAUGCAGAGACUGUGCCAGUGGGAAUUGUCCCAACACUAUCCUUGCCAACAUUCUUCAGGAAAAUAAGCUGACAUCGGGCUACAUGGGAAUUUCCUCCAGUGAAAAGCCUAAAGGUAAAUGCAGCCACGGAGGAGCAGGGGACCUGACCAGCGCGGCGGUACCCCGCGGGGGCAUCAGCAAGGACGAGCGUCGCCCCGGCAACGAGGCCCUCCACGACGCCGCCGUCACCGCAGCAACCAGCGCCAGCCUCCAGCUCCUGGAGGACAUCAGAGGAGCGGCUGGCGACCGCGACUUCCUGAGGUUGAUGGGGAUCGAUCGCUCGUCGGGGGUGUGCUUCGUCAUCGACACCACGGGCAGCAUGGCGGACGACAUUGCAACGGCCAAGGCGGUGGUUUACAACAUCAUUGACAGUAAAAAGGGAACACAGGAUGAACCAUCGGAGUACAUCCUGGUCCCCUUUAACGACCCCGACUUCGGACCAUUGACAAGGACCACAGACCCCGAAGUCAUGAAGAAUGAGAUCUCCAAGCUGACGGCCAGCGGCGGCGGUGACGGACCAGAGCUGUGUCUCUCAGGGCUCCAGAUGGCCUUGACGGCCGCUCCGGCCUUCUCACACAUCUACGUGUUCACCGACGCCACCGCCAAAGACAUCGCGCUCAAAGACACCAUCUCGGCUCUCAUCAGCAGCACCAAGUCUACGGUGGUGAAUUUCUUCAUGACAACCAGCGGAGGCAGGAAACGGCGUUCCAUCACGGCGACCUUCAACGACUACAGGGACCUGGCCUUGGCCUCUGGGGGCCAGGCUAUCCACGUCACAAAGGGAAGUCUGCCUGAAGCCACAGGCAUCAUCCUGGACACCUCCACCUCAGCCCUGGUGACCGUUCUUCAGCGGUCCAGGAGCUCUGGGAGUGAGACCUUCACGUUCCUGCUGGACGAGUCUUUGAAGAACAUCACGCUCUACAUAACUGGGAGUCAGAUGACGUUCAACAUUAGCAACCCUGCAGGUGUGAGUCAGAGCAACACGCAGCUCAGCGGUGGCCUGGGGACGAUCCAGAGUGUUGGGAACCUGUGGAGGAUCCGUCUGGAUGAUGAUAAGCAGACCGGAACUUGGAAGAUACAGAUGGCCUCGGCUCAACCCUACACACUGAAGGUCACAGGCCAGAAUACCAUCACCUUCAUCUAUGACUAUGUACACGCUUUCAAGGGACCCCACCCCGGUUAUGCACCCAUCACCGGGCGUCCACAAGCAGGCCGGCCGGCCAUGUUGUUGCUGUCGGUGAUGGGCCGGAAGGGGCCUGCGUCGGUCACGGUGGGCGAGGUGGGCCUCAUUCCGGUGUCCCGGGCUGGGCCUGUGAGCAAAGGCUCGACGACGGACUUGGGCAACGGGGACAUCCUGGUCACGGUGGACGCGGUUCCACAGGGGGAGUUUGUGGUGAUCCUGACGGGGACAGACCUGGUGUCCGGCAGUCAGUUCCAGCGCCAGUCCACCACCCAGAUGAGCGUCUCUAAAGUCAUCGUCACGGCAGUGGCGGACGGCAGCGUGGAGCCGGGACAAAUGCUGAGCAUUCCCUUCAGCGUGAUGACGGAGGGCUCUGGCGGGCCAUGCUCCAUCAACGCCAGGAAUGACAGAGAAUUCCCUAUGACAUUCCCCAUGAAUGUUCCAUUGACGACCGGGCAGUACGCUAAUGGUACUCUGACCAUCACACCACCUAAAGGCACACCAUCAGGCACCGACGUCACACUGACCAUAAUGGCCAAGACCUCUGCCGCAGCUGAUUCCAACUAUGCUGUCUUAAGGCUCUCUGUUGUCUCCAAGAUUACAGACUUUGUCCGACCAACGUGUAAAGUAGACCGAGUCGCGGCGGAUGACUGUCCCACGAACGUGUCUCUGUGCGCGUCUUUCCGCUGGAAUCUCUCCGCCAACGUCACCGACGGUAACGGCACGGGCAUCGACCGCAUCACUCUGCGGCAGGGGAAUGGAGUCCUCUCCCACGACGCUUUGACCCACCUCGACAUCGAGGCCUCCUACAACGCCUCCUGCUGCUCGCAGAUCGUCGAAAUCGUGGCCGUCGAUAAAGUGGGCAACGUGGGAACAUGUUUCCACUCCAUCGCCCCGCCAGUGGGCCCUACUCCCACCGUCCCAUCAGGGGGCCCUCCCCCCCUCGGCCCGGCCCGCCCGCUGUGGGUGUUGUGUCUGUUGCUGGCCGCUUGGAUGGCCAGGAGUUAGAAAAAAUAUAUUUUACAUUAUGCAACAGUUCCGAUCAUGUAAUUUGAUUGGACAAGAGGCUUUCCAUGAGUGCUGAUAUUGAGUAUAACAGCACUGGGACUUUUAACUACGCAUGUAUCCCCUGCGCUUUACGGGUGUUCUGAUAACCGUAAAUGUUAUUAACGGUCUUUAUGUAGCUUAGGUUGCAACUAACUUUGCACACCAAAAAUGAACAGGCAUAACAUUUGAGUGAAAUUAUGAAUAGUCGUCAGAAGAGGACCAAGGGAACGUAACGUAAUUUUACGUGUAGACCUAUACAACGUAGCAAGCUAGUGUGUUUAUGUGUUGCUUGGCAACAGUUCAAUGAUUAUGAUGUGAUUAUGUUCGGAACUCGAACUACGGCCUCGUACCAACGACCGAAUGACAGCCGUGCUGAUAUUUGCUUAAUUCUACAAUUAUGACCUAUAUUUUGCUUCGAUGUAAUACCUUUUGUAAGAACGCACCUUUUACGCACCAAAUGAGAGGAUCAAAUCAAAUUAAAUGUAAAUGUUAUAAACAACUUUGUGAAAUCGUU